CUUUGUGAAUGAUUUGCGUCGUGCGCGCAAGGCAAAACACAGACUCGAUGUUCUUGUCUUGUUGGGCUCCGAUUGGGUGAGUGGUGGAAAUGUGUCAGGCAUAUGCUCGCCAUGGGCGGGAGUAGACGUGUUUAUAAAGCUCCGUGGGGCGGCGACGGUGUGUUAAAAAGCGAACGAGAGCGCACGUCAGAGAAAGCCUCGGUACACCCGAUGUUAGGUAGGGGAGGCGGGUCGCCCUCUGCCGCUCCGUCUCCUCACCUGUAUGGAUGACCACUACAACCUCAUCGACUCGCCUUCAGCCAGCCACAGAGGGACAAACGCCGACAACCACGGCUACGCGGAGACGGAGAAGGACAUCAUGACAGUUGUGGCGUGCGAUAACAUGCUGGAGGAAACCGUGGCGCUGCCCAGUCACCUGUCGGUGGAUCGAUACGAGCCGGACCACGAGUGCUGCGAACGAGUGGUCAUCAACAUCUCGGGACUGCGCUUCGAGACCCAGCUGAAAACUUUCAAUCAGUUCCCGGACACGCUGCUCGGAGACCCGAAAAAAAGGAUGCGCUACUUUGACCCGCUCAGAAACGAGUAUUUUUUUGACAGAAACCGACCCAGCUUCGAUGCCAUCCUCUACUACUAUCAAUCCGGGGGACGCAUUCGGAGACCCGUCAACGUUCCCAUUGACAUCUUCUCGGAGGAAAUUCGCUUUUAUCAACUUGGCGAGGAAGCCAUGGAGAAAUUCCGGGAGGAUGAGGGCUUUAUCAAAGAAGAGGAGCGACCACUGCCAAACCAUGAGUUUCAAAGACAGGUUUGGCUUUUGUUUGAGUACCCAGAGAGCUCUGGUCCUGCCAGAGGCAUUGCUAUUGUGUCUGUUUUGGUCAUUUUGAUUUCCAUUGUUAUUUUCUGCUUGGAGACCCUGCCUGAGUUUAGGGACGACAAGGACCCGACCACUGUCUCGCCUAUUGCGAAUGCCACUGGCCCUUUCGUGUCCAGCACUUUCACAGACCCUUUCUUUGUUAUCGAGACCCUUUGCAUCAUCUGGUUCUCUUUCGAACUGCUCGUGCGAUUCUUCGCGUGCCCCAGCAAGGCUACUUUUUCCAAAAACAUUAUGAAUAUCAUUGAUAUCGUGGCUAUCAUUCCUUACUUCAUCACUCUGGGGACGGAGCUGGCCGAGAGGCAGGGCAACGGCCAGCAAGCUAUGUCUCUGGCCAUUCUCCGCGUGAUCCGUUUGGUGAGGGUCUUUCGGAUCUUCAAGCUCUCGCGCCACUCCAAAGGUCUCCAGAUUCUCGGCCAGACCCUCAAAGCCAGCAUGCGGGAGCUGGGACUCCUCAUCUUCUUUCUCUUUAUCGGGGUCAUCUUGUUUUCCAGCGCAGUCUACUUCGCCGAGGCCGACGACCCUACCUCCAGUUUCAGCAGCAUCCCUGAUGCUUUCUGGUGGGCUGUGGUUACCAUGACUACAGUCGGCUACGGAGACAUGCAUCCAGUAACCAUCGGAGGCAAAAUCGUGGGAUCUCUGUGCGCCAUCGCUGGCGUGUUGACCAUUGCGUUGCCCGUACCUGUCAUCGUGUCCAAUUUCAAUUACUUUUAUCACCGGGAGACUGAUGGGGAGGAGCACGCGCAAUACCUCCACGUUAGCAGCUGUCAGCAUCUCAAUUCCACAGAAGAUCUGAAACGGACUCAGAGCACGUCCUCCCUCAGUAAAUCGGAAUAUAUGGUCAUAGAGGAAGGCAUAAAUAGCGCUUUCAAACAGCCAAACUACUCCAACCAGAACAAUCAAAACUGCGUGAAUAUUAAAAAGAUUUUCACAGACGUCUAAAUCAUUUUUAGUGCCAGACAGUCUUACAGUAAUCACAAUGAUAUCACCAAUGUGAAUGCGAGGUGCUGCGUUAUUAGGGUACAACGGGGCUAAAAAAAAACUGUUUUUUUCAGUCGGGUUGCAAAGUAUAUGGCAGUAGAAAAAUAUUUUUUUUUUACUGAAUAUAGAUGGGGAUAUAUAAUUUGUAUAAAGUAAAUGCU